AUGCUCGCCUCGUCAUCCUCGAAGCUCGCGGCCCGCGCAACGCGCUCGCUGUUUAGCAAGUCCAGUGCCAUGCCCAGCGUUGCGCUGAGUGAAGAGUUCCCGGCCGUGCCCAAGUCGCAGCCUGUAGCCAUCGGCACUCCCAAACUCACGACGUCCACGGCCUUGUCAGGACUCGCGCUGGGCUCUGACGACUGCGCUGCGUCUGUCGCGACAAUUGGCCUGCAGCUGAACACCGGCACCCGUGACGAAAGCGACGAGACGGCCGGUGUGUCGCAGUUGUUCGCCAAAAUGGCGUUCCGGGCGACGCAGACGCGCUCUGAUCUGCGUCUUUACCGCGAUAUCGAAGCCAUUGGUGGUGUGGUACACACUACCGCAGGCCGUGACUUUGUGCGCUACAGUGUGAGUGUAUUGCCGGACCAGCUGGAGGCAGCGGCCGAGAUCUUGGCGGAGACGACGCUCGCCCCCAAGUUUGCGCUCUACGACGUGAACGAGCAGAAGAGACUGGUGCAGGCAGAGCACGACAAGAUCCUGGACGACCAGUCGCUGUCGCUGCUCGAGGGCGUGCACGCUGCGGCGUUUUACGACGACGUGUCGCUCGGCCGCCCGCUUGCUCCCGUGGACAACCUCAAGGCGCUGACGCCCGAUGCACUUUGGAGUUAUUUCAACAAGUAUGUGAACACGUCGAACGCCGCUUUGGUGGGAGCUGGUGUGGCUCACAUCACACUUACGGACUUGGCCAAUCAGUACUUCGGCUCGCUGGACAAGGGCAGCAAGGUUUCGAGUGCCAAAGCCAAGUAUGUGGGUGGAGAGACUCGUGUUAAGCAUGCGGCUCCGUACACGCGCGUUGCUCUGGCGCUUCCUACUGUGGGUCGGGAGUCUGCUGAUUUUGGAGCGUCACAGGUACUACGUGCGCUGUUGAGUGUGCGGGUUAAGAAGAACAAGAAGGUCUCGGCUUUACUGUCAAGCUACGGUGAUGUCGCUCUGAUGAGUCUAUCUGGCUACGCCGCCCCCUCGGAGGCUGGUGCGCUUGUGGAUUUGUUUGCUGCUGAGUUCAAGAAAGCUGCUUUGACUUCGGCUAGUAACGAGGAGUUGGCUGCUGCUAAGACUACAGCGGCGCUUGAAGCGUUGGAGCAGUACAGCACUCAGGCGGGUGCUUUGGGUCGCAUCGGUUUCAUGGUUACUUCGGGUCAUGUGUCCAAGUCGCCGUUGGAGUUUGUCGAGAGCGUCACGGCUACGAAGCUGCAGGAACUGGCUCAAAAGGCACUGAAAGCCACGCCUUCGGUAGCUGCCUAUGGCGUGCUGUCGGCCGUUCCUCACGUGGACGCGGUUGCAAGCAAGCUGCAGUAG